ACGGCUGCGGGGGGGACAGGAAGGCGCAGCGGUCACGGGUACCAGCUCACCCGCCUCGCGCAGGAAACGGGGGGACGCAGCACAAGCAGAUUGUCUGCAAGGGGAUGCCCCCCCUAAACAGCUCACUGGGGGGGCUCAGUGCUCCCAGGAUGGGGGGAGUGCUCCAGUGACCCCAGGGCUGUGAUGGGGAGCAGGGGACAGCUGGGGGUGGUCACAACGGGUCCCCACAGCUGGGAGUCCCCCUGGGUUUUCUGGGUUUGUCUCGGUAGGCGGGGGGGUGCAGCACCUCGCCUCCCCCCGCACUGAUACAUCCGCUGCGUGGGGGCAGGAAGUGUCGCAGGGGCCCCCCCGGCACCCGCCGCACCAGCACCCGCUUCGGCAGCACCCGCUGAUGGCGAGCACCCCAAAAUCGGGCAGGGCUGCGGCGGCGCUGGCACCGGUGCUGCUGGCAGUGGCCGGGCUGGUGGCAGCGGGGGAACCGGUGGGGACGCGCAACGACCGGGCGGUGGGGGCCCUGCUGGGGGUCCUGCUGUGCCUGGUGGUGGGUUUGGCGCUAGCCUGGCACCAUCUCUGCCGGCUCUCGGCCGGACGGUACCACCCCCGGCCCCUGGGCCACCGGGCGCUGGCAGUGCUGCGGGGACAGUGGCACCGGCUGCGGGGACAAGGUGACACCGCGGAGGAGGCUGGGGACAGGGAGCUGGCGACAGUGGCCACAAGGGAGGAGGAGGAAGAGCUGAUGCCCUGGAGCCAGGAGCGGCGGCCGCGGGAGGAAGAGGAGAAGCAGGAGGAGGAUGAGGAUGAGCAGGAGGAAGAGCAGGAGGAUGAAGAGGCUGAAGCCGCCCCUGAGGUCGGGGGGAGCCCCCCAAGUGGGGGGCAGGUGGCGGGGGGCAGCGCCGAGGCUCUGCUCAGUGACCUCCACGCCUUCUCGGGGACGGCAGCGUGGGGGGACGCACGGCCCCAUGUCACCGCCCUGUGACAUCACUGUCUGUGACAUCACUGCCUUGUGACAUCACCACCCUGUGACAUCACUGCCUUGUGACAUCACUGCCCUGUGACAUCACUGCCCUGUGACACCCCUCCCUGCCCGCCUCCUGAUUGGCUGCACGAGCCUUGAGACUGACCAAUUAAAAAAAAAGCUCUGCCCAUC